AAGCGCCUGGAUGAUUCUAACACUAAACAAAUAAAACAGCAGAAUGGUAAUACAAAGGUGCAUAAUAUAAUAUUGUAAGUCGACACAAUCCAGUCCAAACUAUAGGAAACCAUUGUAUCACCCGGAUGCCAGUUUUCUUACGUGAAUUCCACGCUACAGUUAGAAGAUCUUUUAUACUGUUCAGCACACUUCUCGAAGUGAGGUCUAUUGUUAACUGUGUAUGUCUAACAUCCAGUAGACGGCCAGAAAAUUCUACUAGAUGCCAGCAUCACAGAGCAUCUGUUGGUUAUGUGCUGGCUGGCUUAAACUGCAAGAGAACGAGUAUGGAUGGAAUGGAUAUGGAUAUGAAUAGGGAUAUGGAUAUGGAUAUGGAUAAGAAUAUGGAUAAGCAUAUGGAUAUGAAUAUGGAUAUGGAUAUGGAUAUGAAUAUGGAUAUGGAUAUGGCUAUGAAUAUGAAUAUGGAACAGAUGACAUUUACAAUUUCGUUCCCAAGUGUUAUCGUAAUUAGUGGAUGGUCAGUUACCACCUCUCUUGGUAAGUUUAGCCUGAUCGGUAAGUUCAGUUGAAUGAGCCUCUGUUUUACCUAACGUUUAUUUAUUUAUUUAUUUUACACAAAUAUAUAAUUUGAAUUUAUCCAUGGCAGUGUGUUACGUUAGGGCAAAGCCACAAGUUGGUCUGU